CGGAACCUAUCGCCGCCCGACGGAGAGCGCACCAGGCGGGCAGGGCAAAGUGAGGACGACCCCUUUAAGCAUUCAUCUACAGGACUACCCUAUCUCCAGUAACUGGUCAUUCAUCUCCAUAGCCGCCAUAUUUCAGGGAAAAUAACGUUUCAAUACUCAAGUCAAACUAGGGAAACAUUUUCUGCGCCCCCGGUUUGCUGUGCGCUCACAGUUCCUGGUGGGGUCGGACGCAUAGCCCCACUCAGACGCGUUGUGACAGAAACAAGCCUCCGCAUCUGGGAAGAGUGAACAAUCUUCUCCUCGCCUCGUAACGAGAUUUGAAGCCUCUCCCUUUAUCAAACCAACGGACAUCGUCGGAUACCAACGACUUAUAAUGACACUUUAAGUCACCAUCUUACCGCGCGCUGGUGUGUGCUGUCUCUGGUAUUAUUUUUCAUUUUCACACUGAGGGCGAAAAGGGGGGAAACAGACAACUCGUACAUCUCCAAGUUUUCGGGUUGUCGGUCGCAGUGGAGGGAGCGAGAGGCGAUGGCAGACCCGGUGACAGCAGCGCUCGCUCUCCUGGUUCUCACCUUGGCAACUGCCUUGGGUGCGGAGAUAGAGGAGCGACUGGUAACCCACCUGCUGUCUCCAGAGCGCUACAACAAACUGAUCAGACCUGCUGUCAACAAGAGCCAACAGGUCACCAUCCAUAUACAGGUGUCCCUAGCCCAGCUCAUUAAUGUGAAUGAAAGAGAACAGAUCAUGACCACCAACUGCUGGCUGACUCAGGUAUGGAAUGACUACAGGUUGGUGUGGGACCCAGAAGAGUAUGAGGGCAUUAAGAAGGUUCGCCUCCCGUCUCAACACAUCUGGCUGCCUGACAUCGUCCUCUACAACAAUGCGGAUGGGAACUACGAGGUGUCAUUCUACUCCAACGCUUUGGUCUCCAACAAUGGAGAGGUGUACUGGCUGCCCCCCGCCAUCUACAAGUCGGCCUGCAAGAUCGAGGUCCGCGACUUCCCCUUCGACCAGCAGAACUGCACGCUCAAAUUCCGGUCCUGGACCUACGACCACACGGAGAUCGACCUGAUCCUGCUCAGCGACUUCGCCAGCCGCGACGACUUCAAGCCCAGCGGCGAGUGGGACAUCGUGUCUCUGCCGGGACGCAAGAACGAAGACCCCUCUGACAUCACCUACCUGGACAUCACCUAUGACUUCAUCAUCAAGCGCAAGCCACUGUUCUACACCAUCAACCUCAUCAUCCCCUGUGUGCUGAUCACCUCUCUGGCCAUCCUGGUGUUCUACCUGCCGUCUGACUGUGGAGAGAAGAUGACUCUCUGUAUCUCGGUCCUCCUGGCCCUCACUGUGUUCCUGCUGCUGAUCUCCAAGAUCGUUCCGCCUACGUCCCUGGCUGUCCCUCUCAUAGGGAAGUAUCUGAUGUUUGCCAUGGUGCUGGUCACCUUCUCCAUCGUCACCAGUGUGUGUGUGCUCAACGUGCACCACCGCACGCCCUCCACACACACCAUGCCCCGCUGGGUUAAACGCCUCUUCCUGCACCGCCUCCCCUCCUUCCUGUUCAUGCGUCGGCCGGGCAGCUCCAACAUCCGGGAGAGGUUCCGCCAGAAGCACCAGCGGCGUUCCUACUCCGACCUGAAGCUGAGAGACGGGGCGGUGGCGGUGGCCGCGGGGGGGAUGGGGGUGGCAGGGGGGUCUGGGAUGGGCAGCGCUGACUCCUUCUAUGUGAACGAGGAGUCGGCCAAGCGCUACGGCUGGAAGAUCAGUGACCUGUCAGAGAAUACAGAGUUCAGGAAGAGGAUGACGGUGAAGUGUCACGCAGAUGUGGAGGAGGCAGUGGACGGGGUGCGCUACGUCGCCGAGAAGAUGAAGAUCGAGGAUAACGAUGAGGGGGUCAUCGAGGACUGGAAGUACGUUGCCAUGGUGAUAGACCGGCUGUUCCUGUGGAUAUUUGUGUUUGUGUGCAUCACCGGGACGUUGGGGCUGUUCAUGCAGCCCCUCUUUCAGAGCUACAACACACCCACUGCAGAUGACCUGGAGCAGAACUGACCUACGACCUUUGACCUGAAACAUGACCCUGACGCCCCCCCCAACACCCUCAUGGGGAAAAACCACCUCGAGGGAAACAGCUACUUACCAACACCUUGAAACAGAACUGUGUCAUUUUGACACACUCACAUACUGUACGCACACACAGCACACCCGCCCCCACAACACCAACCAACGCCCCUCAUCCUCCCUCUUAAAGGGAUAGUUCAUCCAAAUUACAAAAUUACACGUUGGUUUCCUUACCCUGUAAACAGUCUAUGGACAAGGUAUGACAGCAAUCCAUUAUUUGGUUUAGUUUCACUGGCACUGUUUCUAAAUGCUAAUAAUUUAUGCUACAAAUGCUAAAACAUUAGCCUUUAGAAACAGUGCCAUUGGAAUUAAACCAAAUCAUGGAUUGCUGUCAUACCUUGUCCAUAGACUGUUUACAGGGUAAGGACAUCGACCCCACCCCUCAUAACUGUCAUCCCCACAUCAGUCCAUCCCUCUAUCCUCUCCUCCCCCUCUGUCACCCACAGAAGGUCAAAAGGACAGGAACCACUCAGGAUAGGACUCUCCUUCUUCCUCUGUAUUGAUUCUUCUCCACCCUGCUUUGAUUCAAAUCCCUCCUUUACAACUCGUUCAACUCUUUUCUAGUUCAGCCUGAGUUUAAUUCAUUCACAACUCAUUGGUUGUUGCAACCAGACGGUGUCGGGCCUCGCAUGCCGAAUAAGGGUAUUUUGUUUUUUAUUUUCUAUCUGUAUUUCAUUUGAUAAGGAGAGGAGACAAUAUUUUCUGCACUGUUCCUGAAUCAUUUGCUGAGCCCAAAGAUACGCGCGCGCACACACACACACACACACACACACACACACACACACACACACACACACACACACACACACACACACACACACACACAUAACGAGUCUGACACUGGCACGAAGACGACAACAAAGCCGCUAGUCUCUCCGUGUGUCCUCAUCCAGCACAGACAGACACACGUACAUAACGCUUGCCUUCAGACAGAGACGGAGAGACGCAUUUCUUUAGACAGGAACGCCAGCAGGCUUGUUAGUUUGCUGUGAAAGGGGAAGCCUUGACUGUCUCCCCUCACGCUACAAGGUGUUGAGUGAGUACUACUGUACAGUAUUUGGGACUGUUUCUGGCCCCAGGUGGUCAGUCACUUGGACUUUCAAAGCGAUUACUUUCCUUUUAAGCUGUCCGGUUUAUGUUAUGUUCAAAAUGGUUGUUCUUAUGUUUGGAAGGAGGGAGGGACCAAUGGAAAGCUAGCUGUAAAGUAAACCCAAAAUGACCAUACAAUUGUUGUCCCUCAGGUUUGCAUCUCUUAAAGGUACAGUACGCUGGUUUUGUCUAAGCAGUGUUCAAUCGCACAACGGUUGCCAGGGAACCAGCAGCAAUAUGUACAGUAUUUUAUACACAGGUACCCCGUAAACAAACCGGUCAAACUGAACAGCGUUUGGCUCUGCACUAGCAAUCUUCCAGAGCAGUGUAAACAUUGCUUUGCAUUUUUCAGAAAUCUUUUACCCAAGUCUGUGAAACUCUUUGUUGUCACGGUCAUACAGUGUGCCCACUCUGUCACUGCUAGCCAAUGGAAGGCGUACUUCACACAUUUCAAGUUAAAGCGCAAGUUCCGUUCUCAUUUCAUGUAUUUAUUUUCAUCGGUGAAAAGAAGGGGACAUGUAUUUUCAUUCCCACUGGCCAGUUAUGUGACCUGUUUCGCUUAAUUACAGGAAGUGACGAUGCUGAUGUCAUGUCAAAGGGAUCAAUAAAAGGAAAUAACGGGA